AUGGCCACCGCUACGACAGCAUUGGUACGCCCACCGGGUAAUACUGGCGGUGCAAUGAUGAUGAUGCCAACGGGUACUGCUAUUGCUAUGGGUUGUACAGGUCAGCCGUCACAAGUAUCAUUGUAUCCAUCACAACAAAGUGCAUAUUCUGCUUAUCAAUCGCAAACUGCCAUUGGAGUAUCGUCAGCUAAUGGACGUUUACUUUCGAAUAAUUCUUGUGAUGCAGCAUCCGGAAAUUUUUUUCUCCAACAACCGCAACAAAGUUAUCCACUACAACGGUCAUUUUACCAAAAUUUAACACCUGAACCACAGGCAACAACAGCUAAUAGCAUCACGCCUCAAAAUAUGAACUGUGAAGCCGUUGGUUCGACAGCGACGAUAUCUAGUGACAGCUUGACAGCAUCAGUUUUUACUGAUUUGGGCUCCCAGUCAUUAUCAGUUCGACGGCCCUCCAGUUGUAGCAGCCGGGGUCGGCCAUCAUCAUCUUGCUCCUCUGGUGCAAACGUACAAAUACCGAUUACAAGUACUACAGUCGCUGCGAGUGCUGCUGGACCUGUUACAACAAAUAUGAAUGGUUUGGUUAAUGCAUCGGGCACCAAUAAUACCGUUGCAUCAGUUUGCGUCAGUAAAAAUGCCGAUAUCCUAAUAAUCCGUGAUCCAUUCGAAGAGGAAGAAUUGCCCGGUACACGCUGUAAUACCACGAAUACUCGAAUGAUGUUGUUCAAUCAGCGACCACCGCAAUAUAUCAACACUGGAAAUCCUUUGGAUUCCGGAGGGCAGCUAGAGUUACCUCGGCAUCUUCGCGUCCCGUAUCCUGACUCGGCAUAUCGAGCAUGUAUUGCAGCGAAUAAGAAUUUGGCCAGUUUCCGUAACGGAGCACCGUUGCCUUCGUUCAUACCACCUUAUUCAGCGUUUCUUGGUCCAAGAUCUGGUUCUGUUUUUGGUCCCAAUGUUGUUCCAAUCGAGAAUUCAGUAAUGUACGGGAAUCCACAGCAGCAACGACAGCAGCAGCAACAGCAGCUCGUUGGAAGUGGUGCAAAUUUUGGGAUUUUACGAAAUAAUAGAACUCAAGGAAAUGCUUCACCAGGUUGUCCACCGAUGUCAAUGGGUAAUGCACCUGCACCAAUUCUAACCCAGGGCUUUGGAAAUCCAUAUUGUGUUCAGGGAUCAGCUCCAACGCAGCAGAUGUUGGGACCACCUGGUAAUGAUUGUAUUCUGAUUAGUCAACUUACAUUUAAACGAGACUGUUCCAUAACCACUGUAUUAUAUAAUGGACUCUUAUUUGUCGCACAAGGCGUCACCGGCUGUAUGCAGCGCACCGAAUACCUGACAGCUCCGUCAGGUCCAUAUUGUAUGCCGGGAGGUGCUGCUGGACAACCUUAUUUUGGAGGGCAGCCAGUUGGAAGACCCGAACCCGGAACUUCUAACAUGGUACCUUUGAACAGUGGUCCGCAAUUAAAUGCCAUGGGAAUGGUGGGCAUGAAUGGUGAAAGAAUGGGACCUGUUAUGGGUGUCAUUGGUAUGGUCCAACAACAAAAUGUUGGUGCGACGACAGGAAAGAAAGGGAAUAAUAAAAGAUCCAAAGCUAAUAAAGGAGCUCCAACAUUGCCGAACCUUAGCAUCAUGGAUGAACAGCAGCUUUUGGCAGCAAGACGGAAACAACAGUCUCUUUUAUCAUCCGGGCAGCAACAACAACAACAACAGCAACCAAUGGUACCUGGAAUGAUGCUACAAAUGUCAGCUCCAUCCCAGGACUUCUAUAUGUCCCAGGGUAUUUGUGGCAGUCGUAGUGGCAUGCCACCUCAUGUUGCUCCAGCACAGCAGCAGGCGAUGGUAUCAAUGACACCUGCUAAUGGAACUGCGAGAGGAGGCGAACUGGGGCAAUUUGAUCAUUUUGAUGUUCGACCUUCAACAAGUAUGAGUUGUACGCCAAUGUCAUACUGUCCUCCAAUAGCGUCAGCACCAAGUGCAACUGAUGCUCCGCCUCAGCAGCAAUCCACUUCUCAAAUGAUCGCCAAUUCGAUGAUGAUGACUAGAGGUUAUGGUGGUUUCGAGCAAAAUGGCUUUGUUGAUGGUUUUCAGACUCAACGGAACAAUGGUAGCAGUAGUGAUACUGUUAUUAAUAAUAUGACAACAAAUAAUACUGUCACUGCCAGUACCAGCGGUGAUUCGUUCACUGUGCUAAAUGGUUCUACGAGUAGCCAGAAUACGAGUACCGGUAACAAACAACGUUGUGUAAGCUGUACGGAAGAACUAAGAAGUGAUCAACCCAGUAUUCAAUGCACUGCAAAUGGUGAAGGUUGUCGGCGUUUCUUCCAUCAGGAAUGUAGUGGAUUAUUAUCGGAUGCGUUUCGUGCUAUCAUUGCAGAACCAUGUGCAGAGUGGAUUUGUCCAGAUUGUUUAUGUCGUCAACAAACGCAACUUACAUUUGCUUAA